AUGAAUGGAAAAGACCGUCGUGAAAAUUGGGAGCGGCUGCUUGAACAGUUCUUCGGAUAUAUAAUAGAUUACUGUAAAAGGGAGCUUCCAUUUACAUUGGACCAGCUCAAAGAGAGCUAUCGUCGAAUGUUUCCAAUGGCGGGAGUGUUGCUACUUCCCGUGUUUGAAUCGGUCGCUAAUAUUGGCUUACGAAAUUUAUCAGAAGCGGAAAGAACCGAAAUGAUCAAUGUACUGUCCGAAAAGAAACUGGCGCUCUUUGAAGAUCUACUUUUCUUUGCUAAACGUAAUCAAGUCAUUCGCAAAACGUGA